AUGAUCCUCUCUGCUCUGCUGACAUUCUUCCUUCUGGGAGUUGUCGCCGGGGAAUGGUCCCAAUUCGAUGACCGCGAUCUCAUACAUUAUCGCACGCUACCUAAUCAUCGCGUGGUGAAAUGGAACAUCUCUUAUCAUGACAAAUCACAAGUUGCCCCUGGGUAUUGGUUUACUGCACCAUACUGGAGUCUUUCUGAAAACUCAGAGACUAAACAGUUUAUUCCAUACCAGGUCGGACCUCACAUCUUUGAUCAAGAUGGGGUUCUUAUAUGGGCUGGUGCGGUUGAAUCCAAUAAUCACCAGGCCCACGAUUUUCGCGUGAUCGAUUUCAGUACUCGAGAAGACCUCCCGCCGGUCCCUCAUCUAUCCUGGAUCUUGAUGGCCGGCCCCGGGGAGCCUGACUCGACUGGCCGCUCUGUUGUUUACAACAAUCAAUAUACCCUCACGCGUGAACUGUCUGUUGCGACUGAUGCUGUCGAUACCCAUGAGUUUUAUGUGAAGAAUUCCCCGAAAGCGAUGUUGAUCAUUUCGAGUAAAGCCCGGGUCAAGCUCAGCGAGCUGGGCAUGGAAGAGGCCAGCGAUGUUGCGUCAAAUGGAUUUGCGGAAGUGGAUUUGAACACAGGCGAGGAAACUUUUCGAUGGAUGAGCACCGGGAAGAUCACCUUGGACGAGAGUUACGUCAUGACCCCCGAGCGCUUCAUAGAGAGUGACUACCUCCAUAUGAAUUCCGUGGACAAGAAUGAAAACGGAGACUUCUUAAUUUCGGCGCGCCAUACGAGCGCCAUCUAUUUGAUCUCGGGUCCUGACUUCACCUUCUGCGGUCAACACGAUGCAAGAUUCCUUUCCAUCACCCCAGAUGCGGCCAAUCCAACUUCUAUGGUGAUAUCUUUCCUCGACAAUGGUGCAAUUCUGACCGGCCCUUGGGGCACCAUUGGCGAUGAGCCAACAUCAUCCGGAAUGAUUGUGGAGCUCGACUUGGUGGCAAUGAAGGCUACGCUCUUGAAACGCUUUAUGCGGCCAGAUGGAGGCAGCACAGAUCGUCGCGGAAACAUGCAGUCUCUUCCUAAUGGAAACAAACUCCUCUGCUGGAGCUACGGAGGAUACGUGACAGAAUUCGAUGCUGAUGGUAAUAUUGUGAUGGAAGCAUCGUACGCUUCUGACAGAUUCGAUUCCUAUAGAACCUACAAGCUCCCCUGGGUCGGCCGUCCUUCGUAUCCACCUACGGUUGUUGCAGAGCUCUACGGCACCAAAGACCGGGAUCCAUCCACGCUCUUCCAUGUGAGCUGGAAUGGCGCAACAGACAUUGCAUACUGGCGCUUUUAUGCUCGUAACAGUUCGGCGAGUACCAGACGAGAAAUCGGCCUUGUACCCAAGAGUGGCUUUGAGACCACUUUCCUGGUCCAUGGUCAUACCGAUUGGGUUUCAGUAGAAGCAUUGGACUCGGAUUAUCAAGUUUUGGGGAGAUCUCCGGAUUCCCGGCCCCAGUCGCCAGACUUGCGUCUUUCUGAUGCCGUUUCGCCAGGCAUGAGUAACGAAACCUCAGCUGAUGGUGGAUACGUGCUGACGCCCGUGUCUGGCGAUGCAGAUGGUCCGAGGGACUACUUUUUUGAAACCUCGGCCGUUCAUAUAGUCCAGCGCGGGGGGUUCAUUGCACCCUUCAUCCUCGGCAUCGCUUUCAGUGCAGGCCUUUUCGCUCUCCUUAAAUGGAGGAGACCCAUUGUGAAAUAUUGUACGUCUGCGUAUAAUUGGAUGACAUGGACCGGAUACACCAUGAUCUGGCAGGAUGAACGGGGGGGAUUUUAA